AUGCAUAAGGAAUUUGAGAUGACUGAUCUAGGGGAGAUGUCCUACUUUCUUGGGAUGGAAAUCCACCAAAGUCACCAUGGGAUAUUUGUCAAUCAAAAGAGGUAUGCAACUCAAAUUUUGCAUAAGUACAACAUGGACAAAUACAAACCAGUGGACACUCCAUUGGUUGUGAAUUUAAAAUUGAGUAAGGAUAAUGGGGCUGAGAAAGUUGAUGAAACAAUGUACAGAAGCAUCAUAGGCUGCCUUCUGUACUUGACUGCCACCAGACUAGAUUUAAUGUUUGCUGCUAGUGUUCUUUCUAGGUUCAUGUCCAAUCCUAGUGAGAUUCAUCUUAAAACAGCCAAGAGAGUGCUGAGGUAUGUUAAAGGAAGUGUUGAGCAUGGAAUAUGGUUCAAGAAGGCUGAAAAAUUGCAACUUGUUGGCUACUCUUAG